AUGCUGUCUUUCCUCCGAGCCUCGAGCCCUAUUCGAACCAACAACGCUGCCAACAAUCCCAUGCUCUACGAAAACGGCCAAUCUGCAGUCAAGUUUGACGCGCCAGAGUCUCAAUAUGUCAUGACGCAUACAAUUCCUCCCACGGGUGGUGAGAACGAAGUUUCCAUCAUUCAACCGCCGUUCCAUUACCACAUCCACGAGGAUGAGUAUUUCAAUCUGCAAAAGGGUACGGCGGUUAUCUUCAAAGGUGUUGACCCUAAACCUUUUGCCGUUCUGUCCGAAGAGGGACAGACCACAGCUACCAUUCCAGCUGGGAGAUAUCAUCGUUUUGAAAACCAAUCCCAAAACGGAUGA